AUGAAAGGUGUCUUUUACAAAAAUUAUACCAACCAGCAAGGAAGUUUAAAUACCUAAUCUUCAAUUCAAGAAAGUUUAGCUAAACAUGUGCUUGACCCAUCAAUUAAGUCAUUUUUAAUUUAAAACCCAGGUAUUUUAGCUUCUAAAGAGAGAUAAGUUGAGUUUUUAAGAACUAAUAAUGCAUAAGAAAAAGCUCCUCUAAAAUUAAAUUUAAACAAAACCACUCUUAAAUCUGUACCUGAGUUUAAGCAAGAAGACUUAAACACUGAUAAUUUUCUAAGCGAACACUAAAUUUCAAAUAAAGCUUAUACUGAAAAACUUUAAAAACAACCAAAAUCUGAAAUAAUUAAAGUCAAUAUUUUCAGAAGCAAUUAAAAUGGAUAGUAGUCAUACAAAUUUGAUCUGAACAAGAUUAAGGAGCAAAAUAAUAAAUAACAACUAACAUCACCAGAGAAAAUUAGUCCAAAUAAAUAUAAGAGAACUUAAUCUGCUGUUGAAUUAGACACUUGCUAAGAUGAAGAAGGAAAACCUGAUUUCUAAUUUAACUUCUCAGAAGAAAAUUAGAAAUUUUCUCCUUUAAAAUUGCAUAUGCAUAGCACUACAGAAGGUUUUCACCCUUAAAAAGAUUUUUACUCCCAUCGCCACUAUUUCGAAGAAGCACAAACAUAGCCUGUGCAUUCAAAAAACGAAAAGCUUAGAAAAUAAAACACACUUUAACCACAAUUCCAAGAUAAGUUACACUACGAUUCUAACUUGCAAACAGCCUAAUGA